UCUACAGAUGGGCUGGGACGAUAUUUCAAUCCUCAUCCCUCUCUUCCGCUGCCGCUGCCGCUGCUGCUCCUGCCAAUUAGACAGAUUAACACUCUGCACUUAGCAAGCGGUCCCGCGCCUCUCUUUCUUUCUUGAAAUUUCCGUGUAAAGAAGCGAUAAAUAGAGACAACAACUUGGAAGAGCCAAGCAAUGUAGGACCCUCCACUUCCGUACCGAAGGCUGUACCACAAUGUACCCCAACCCACUAGAUGAACAGCUCAGAUCUCAAUAAAUUGGCACCACCAACCUCAUUGCCCCUAUUGUUAUGCGCUUCUAGUUCUCUCGCAUGAGAAGAUAAAAAAGAGAGGUCUAGCUAAAAUCAUCAAUGGAGGAGGGAGAUACAGAUCGACCAUCACUAGGGUUCCCGGUAGGUUUAGUUCUUCUAUUGUUUAUGUUGUUUAUCAUGAGUGGCUUGUUCAGUUGCUGCCUCCACUGGGAAAAGGUACUUUCCCUGCUUGGAGUUUCAAGCGAGGACAAUCAUUCCCGCAUCGAAGAAGAUGUAGAACAUGUGCCCCAGAAAUCUUCACCCCCUCAUGUGGAGUUGAAGAAAAAUCAAGGCCAGAGCCUUCCAGUUUUGAUGCCAGGGGAUCAAGUACCAAAGUUUAUAGCAGUGGCAUGUCCAUGUGAGCCUCCGCGAACUGAGAAGAUAACAGUUCAAAUUCAGAAGCCACCUUCUUAUCCAGUACCUUUAUACUGAUUAAUGACUUCACAGUACUGCGCGAUCAUUUUGUGUGUGUGUAUAAUAGAGAGACUAGGAUGUAUCAAUUAAUUAGUUCAAAUUUCUUAUUUUUUGGCUAUUCCUUUUACUUAAUAAGGCACUAACAAGUGCCGACAUAUUUUCGAGAUGGUUUUUGCUUUUGGAUAGAAAAGAGUAAAUUGGCAAAUCAAUGCUACAAAGGUUACAGAGAUUCUGAAUUUGAACAAGAGAACUCAAAAAAGAUGAGACGUGCAGGUUGCCCAAUGACGAAUUAGCAUAAAUUAGGUGUUGGUUGGUAAUUAUAGUAAGAUCAUUUUCAAUUAUGAUUAGCAAAUUGCUAGUUGAAUCAACGAUAAAGAAUGAUCAAAAUUUCUGGA